UUUGCAGCCCCGCCAGUAGGCGGAUUUCCUUGGUGUCCUCCUCAACUCGUUCAGCAUGACGGCGUAUCUCACUCCACGGAGGGUAGACAGCUUGACCGAGGCUCUGACAGGCUUUCGGCUGGGCAGACUGGUCACCGCCCACAAAGUCCAGAGGCUGUUGGGCUUAAUGGCCGCGGCAGCUGCGGUACUGCCAUUGGGCCUGCUGAAGGCACGCCCCCAGCAGUGUUGGUUCAAUGCCUUUCAGCUCCACCCGAGAGACGACAGGCAUGUGAAGUUGCGGGUGUCUCCUGCUUGCAUCCGAGCCCUGCGUCCUUGGAGGGACAGGAGGUUUUUACUCCAGGGGGUUCCACUGGGGGGCCUUCCUCACAAGAGGCAAGUCAUCUCGACAGACGCUUCUCUGACAGGCUGGGGAGCUAUCUGGGAAGGGCUGUCAGCGAUGGGUGUGUGGCCUCCCUCCUGGACGUCAGAGCACAUCAACGUCCUCGAGCUGAAGGCCAUCCAUCUCGCCCUGCAGAUGUUCCUGCCAGGGUUGCGAAGCCAACAUGUUCUGGUGAGGUCAGACAGCACCUCGGCGGUGUAUCAUGUCAAUCACCAGGGCGGCACGAGGUCCCGGCGGUGCCUCCAGGUGGCGGAGGAGUGGCUGUCAUGGGCAUGGCCGCGUCUGGCUUCAGUGAGGGCAGUGCACAUUCCAAGCGUGGAGAACAGGGCGGCCGACAUUCUCUCCAGGACCGGGCCACUCCCGGGGGAAUGGAGAUUGAACCCAGAGGUGGUCAGCCAGGUCUGGGCUCAGUAUGGGACUGCACAAGUGGACCUGUUUGCGUCGGCGGAAACGACUCACUGCCCAGAGUGGUACUCUCUCGUGGGACAGGGAGGCAGUUUGGGCCUGGAUGCUCUGUCACAAGACUGGCCGACAGGCUUGUUGUACGCUUUUCCUCCAUCCCCUUGUACCUCAGGUCCUGCGGAGGAUCAGGGAGGGCCGACACACAGUUCUGCUGGUUGCUCCACGGUGGCCGGCGAGGCCUUGGUUCCCCGACCUUCUCCGGCUCCUGCAGGGUCAGCCAUGGCAGUUACCCUGCCGGGCGGAUCUUCUGUCCCAAGCACACGGGCAGAUCUGGCAUCCGAACCCAGGUGCCCUGCGCCUGUGGGUUUGGCCCCUGCAGAGUCCGUCAUUGAACAGCUAGCUGAGUCUGUGCAGGAGACUGAACAACGCCAGGGCUCCUUCUACUAGAGCUUGCUAUGCACUCAGGUGGAGGAUCUUUUCGGAUUGGUGUGCCAGCUUGGGUCUUGAGCCAGCGGUUUGCCCUGUGCCACAAGUUUUGCGCUUCUUGCAGUCCUAUUUGGAUCAAGGCAAGGCGGUCAGUACUGUGAAGGUUUAUGCCUCGGCCAUUUCAGCCUUUCACCAGGGUGCGGAUAACAGACCCUUGGGUAGGCAUCCACUGAUUGGUCAGUUUUUAAAAGGGGCCCGCCGGUUGCGUCCAGUUCGCACUUUGCGGGUACCGAACUGGGAUUUGCCCACUGUUUUAA